AUGUCUCGUCUCUCCGUAGCAACCAAAUCCCGCCUGCCAUCGUCUCUCCGCGUCGAAUCCGCCAACACGGCCGUCAUCAAAGCCAUCAGUCGACUAUCCCGCGAAGCUCUUAUCCUCCUCGCCCUCGACUGGCUAGACGGUCCAUCCCUAGCCUACACCGCGCCGUAUCUGUCGCCCCUCGGCGCCGACGAUGACGACACCCCUGAGGACUCGGCAGACCUCUACCCGCCCUGCAAGUCCAUCGAGGAGCUGCACGAUCUCUACACGGAUCUGCAGCAGCAAAGGGGCUCCAGGCGCGAUGUCGUCAGUCGUAUUUUAGAGGGAGAUUGGCGCCAUGGCCUGACGCUCUACCAACUCGCCAUGGUCGACUUUGCAUAUCUCGACGAGCACCCCACGUCCCAGAAAUGGACGGCCUACAAGAUCCAGCCCCUGAAUCUCCCUACCAAGGAUGCCGACGACGAGAUCCUGAAAGCAGACGACAAGAGUCUUAGUCUGCCGAGGUUUCACCCGUCGACGUUCCUACAGAGCCUGCAGGAACAGGUCCUGCCUGACAUUAAGGCGCAUUACCACUUCUCACGACCGAAAAGGUUUCCACUGCUGCUGCUCCGCAUCUUUGCCAUAGAAUCCCCCUAUAAUACAGAUCUAGCGCUGUCAGGCCCUGCCGGUAGCGGAAAUUCCACCAACUUUAAUUCAUCGCGGACGAUAUACCUGGCUUUUCCGGACGGCUCACCAGCACUAUUCAUAACCAGAGCCCAGGCCACCGGGCCAAUCAGCCAUGGGGAGUCAAAGAGUCUACACGGCCUCAUCGCCAACGGUGUCCCGCAGGCCCUGUCGCGUCCCCGGGAGCGGUACACCCUCAAGCCUACGAGUCUCGUAAGCAGGAACUUGGAGGCUCUCCUCGAAAGGAGAGGCCCCGGCCGGAGCAAUGCUGCGGGGGGCGGGUGGAGUAUCUACGCAAACGAAAAGGACAAGAAAUCACCGUUGGACACGAUGCUCCCCACGCCACCGCUGUCGAGGGAGUCGUCGUCAAACGCAGAGACGGCCCAGAAGCGCUCGAGGCCGCUGUCGCAGCAUGAGCGGGCUGCGAAGCGGGCCAAGACGGUGGCCAAGGCACGCUUCGGCACUUCGGGCAUCGUGUCUGACGGCAAGGGCGUCGAGCGGUUCGAAGUCAUUAUGCAGGACCCGUAUCCGGCGAUAGAUGGCCUGUUUGUGCAAGACUCUGAGGAUGAAGAUGACAGGCGGAAUCAGCAGACGUACAGGCGGAGGAGCAAGAUCGAUGCCGCGCUGCGGCAGGCCUUGGGGGACGGUGACGAGGAGGGUGAUGACAUCGACCCGACGCGGUGGACGCCGAUUGUACGGAUAAACUUUCAGGGCACGCAUGUGUUUGCUGGAAUACGACAAUUAGUCGAAGCUGGAAUCGUGGACGGCGAGCGAAUGCCAGGCUGGAUGACAGGCGAGGAUGGCGUGACGACUGGCGUUGUAAAGAAUGGUUUGAUACGGGGCCACAAGGGUUCAGGAUUAUGA